AUGAAGGGGCUCUUACUCACCAGCAGCUUCAUGCUGCUGCUGUUGCUGCUGCUGGUCCCAGACCCUGGAGCAGCAUUGUUACUGUCACUCAGUGCCAGCUGCUGUACUCAACUCUACCGAGAACCACUUCCAAACAAGAUGCUGAGGAAGGUCAUACGAGUGGAAAUACAGGAGGCUGAUGGGGACUGUCACCUCCAGGCUGUUGUGCUUCACCUGGCUCAACGUAGUGUCUGCAUUCACCCCCAGAACCGCAGCCUGGUUCAGUGGUUUAAGCGUCAAAAGAGGAGGCCCCAAGGGACUCUACCCGAUCUGAACUUUGAGCUGCUGGAGAGUAUGAGCAGAGGCCCCCAAUAG